CAGCGGAGACCACAAUGGCGGAAGGGGAGCAGGGUGAUUUGGAAGGGUACUACUUCAGAUACCUGCCUCAGAAAACCUUCCAGUCUCUAAGCACCAAGGAGACCACUAGCCGGCUCCGCCAGUGGUCCAUGCUGGGCAGAAUCAAGGCACAGGCGUUCGGGUUUGACCAGGUGUUUCAGGCCUACCGGAAGGAUGAUUUCGUUAUGGCUUUUUUCAAAGACCCAAAUGUUAUUCUUAAUUUGAAGUUACUUUCAGAUUCUGGACAAUGGAUUACAUUAGGAACUGAAGUGAAAAAAAUUGAAGCUAUAAAUGUUCCUUGCACACAGCUUUCAAUGUCAUUUUUUAGACGGUUAUACAAUGAAGAUAUUGUACGAGACAGUGGACAUAUUGCUAAAUGUUUAGAUUCUUUUUGUGAUCCCUUUCUCAUUUCUGAUGAGUUACGAAAGGUUUUGCUAGUGGAAGACUCAGAAAAAUAUGAAAUAUUCAGCCAACCAGAUAGAGAAGAGUUCCUGUUUUGCCUUUUCAAACAUUUUUGCCUUGGUGGAGCCCUUUGCCAAUAUGAGGAUGAGCUUAAUCCAUAUCUGGAAACAACAAAGCUUAUCUAUAAGGAUCUAGUGAGUGUUAGGAAGCAUCCUCAAACAAAGGAAAUACAAAUUACCUCUUUCAUCUUUAAAGUUACAGCAUAUGAUUCUGUUGGUUUAUGCUACCCUUCGACAAAGAGUCAUGAACAGACAUUUUCUUACUUUAUUGUGGAUCCCAUCAAGCGCCAUCUUCAUGUUUUAUACCACCGUUAUGGUGUGGGAGAAAUGUCUUAACAGUAUUCUUUCAGAUUAUUUAUACUUACUAUUUUUUAUUUACCAGUUUUUUACUUUAUACUGAUUUAUAGUAAACAAUUACUUUACAAGUUAAUUCAAGUAAAAUAUAAAGAACCCACUUAGAGCAGAAGCAAACUAAUGCCAAGAUGCCUUUCUUUAAAUUUGUCUGGAAAGCUAACAUAGGAACCAGAUUUCGUUCCUGAAAUAAUCUGUACCAAUACAUUUGGAUAAUUUUUACAGAAAGUUUAAAGAACUAAAACUCUAUUUUAUGUUUUUUGCAUUAAGAUUCGAGUGAGUCUUUAAGUUUCCAUGUAUUUUAUUUUAGAAACUAAUUAAUUCUGGAAUGAAAUUGUGGCAGGAAACAAAACACCUCUAAUUAAUAUGAAUUGUUAGCAUUUUUAAUUUUAAUUUUAUUUGAUUACAUUUCUAUAUUGCAUGAAGAUUUAUAUCUCGAGGACUGUGAAAAGCAUAACAAUUCCUUUGCUUCAGUUGUCCCACUUACAAUCCUCAGUUAAAAAAAUAAUGUUUUGGCUCUGACUGGUGUGGCUUAGUGGGUUGGGCAUUAUCUUACAAACCAAAAGGUCAUCAGUUCAAUUCCCAGUCAAGACACAUGCUUGGCUU